GUUGCCGUCGGGCAGUCUGUCGUAGACGCAGAGACGACGCGUUUCCACAAAAGAGACAGCAGCUUCUCCUUUUUUAAUCCCUUCCCUUGCUUUGCCUUGUUUCUUGUGUCAAGGAACAGAGACGAGUGAUACGUGACGUUCUCUCGUCGUUGAAUUCGAGGGAGGGACGUCGUGUGGAUGGGGACAGACAAGAGGAGAAAUAGGCAUUCUUGUUCUUCCUAUUCUCCUAAGAAAGAAUGGAUUUUUGUGAAGGUUCUUAACCUAAGGAUCAGAUCUCUGCCAUGGCGACGCCGGCGCAGCAAGCGAACCCCAGGAGGCUGUACCAAGUUUGGAAGGGAAACAACAGGUUCUUCUGUGGCGGCAGAUUGAUAUUUGGUCCAGAUGUAGCCUCAUUACUUCUAUCAACACUUCUAAUAGUCGGUCCAGCCAUCACAUUCUGUUGCCAGAUCAUCAUAAAACUCCAUGAGGAUGAGAAGUCAGAUGAGAACCCUGAUCGUCCAAUGCUUUGGCUUUCGAUUCUGAUGGUGGCAUUUUUUGUCACCAUAUCUGAUCUGGUGUUUCUCUUCAUGACAUCUAGCAUAGACCCAGGUAUCGUGCCAAGAAACACGGGGCCACCAGGAACAGAUGAAUCAGUUAAUGUCAACACUCCAUCGAUGGAAUGGAUCCACGGAAGAACCCCACAGUUGCAAUUGCCUAGAGCUAGAACGAAGGAUGAAAUCGUGAAUGGUUUUGCUGUCAAAGUAAAAUACUGUGAAACAUGCAUGCUGUAUCGUCCACCCCGUGCUUCGCAUUGCUCGGUUUGCAACAACUGCGUGCAUAAAUUUGAUCACCAUUGCCCAUGGAUUGGUCAGUGCAUUGGACAGCGAAACUACAGGUUCUUCUUCUUCUUUAUAUCAACAUCAACAUUUCUCUGCAUAUAUGUCUUCACAUUUUCGUGGCUGAACAUUAUUACCGAAAUGAAUCACCACCAAUACACCAUUUGGAAGGCAAUGAAAUGUGAGAUUCUAUCUCCUAUGCUCAUAGUAUACACCUUCAUCGCAGUGUGGUUUGUUGGUGGUCUCACUGUUUUCCACUUCUAUCUAAUCUGCACAAAUCAGACGACUAAUGAGAACUUCCGAUGGCGCUACGACAAGAAACAAAAUCCCUAUGACAAGGGUUUCUUGAGAAAUUUCGGUGAUGUAUUUUUGUCAGAAAUCCAACCUUCAAUGCAUGAUUUCCGAUCAUGGGUGACUGAAGAAACAAUACAAGUUGAAUUUUAUACCCCAAACAUUGAUGCAGAUGUCAUAAGCCCGACGGAGAAUAUUGACAUAGAAAUCAGCACAGAACCUGCAAUAGAUGAUAAUUUGUCUGUUCCAAGCAUACAGCAGAAUUUUGAUUGCAGUAGCAAUGAUGCAUUAGAUCCUUCUGUUUAUCCUGUCACCCAGAAUCCUUCUUUUCAUGCACCAACACAUUCUAUGGAAAGCUAUGAUGGUGAAAAUGGAAUGCCUACAGAUGAAACAAAAGGUGAGGAUGUUGGUGGACCUGUAAAAGAUGAAAGUGUCAUUAAGCAUAGCUGCUCAAAUAUGGUCGUAACUCCUGUUGAGGAUGUUGACAUGCGAUCCACAUGAGGAUUAAGAUAUGUGCAUUCUGAUUCAGUUCUGAAGAUCCAACUUUCUUGUGGUGUAUACUCUUGAGAUCCAACUUUUUGUUCUUCUAAUUGAGCAGCAGCAAAAUUUAAAAUAUGAAACUCUAAACCAGACUGCAGUACAUCCAAGUGUCAGAGAAGACACUAGAGAUGCUCAUCUAAAUAUGUGAUUUGUCUAUAAUCAUGAACUAUUGUGUCUGUUGGACAAUAUAUGGUAUUCCAAGAUGUUAUUAUAGUGGACAUUUACCAACUGUUUGAGAGAUCUCAAUACAAUUAUCUCUGCAACAUUGGUGGAAUCUCCUUCCCUCCACCUUUUCCUCGAUGCAUAUGUUCAUGCAGCAUUUACCAUCAUGCUUGCAGACAGGAUGUUUCUUCCACUUAUAUCAACACCCAGAAGAAUCUAUCAAAAGAUCGUAACAGCAAUCAAAUUCUUUUCC